AUGAGAUUUAUUUUGAUUGAUGCUAACUCUUCAAUUGUCGAAAAAUGGAAUCAACAAAUUAAAAAAUGGAAAAAUUUAAUUUCGUCAUACAAAAAAUCAGGAAUAAUUAAUAUUUCAAAUUUACCAAAAAUUCAAUGUCAUCAUACCACUAUAAACGAUUAUAUGAGGACCGAGAAAUUAUUCGCUUUUCAAACUUCAAUUGUUACAGCAACAAACUCCUUAAGUUAUAUGAAUGGUGGUUUUGAUAAAUAUUUAACUGAAAGUAUGCUGAUAAUAAUGAAAUUACAUAACUUUGAUGAUCCCAGGGAUGCCUAUCCAAGAGAAAUUGGUGACACAAUUCAACGAUACCAAUUGGGUAAAAAUAAUGGAUUCUUAGUGCCUGGUCAAGUAUAUCCGGUAAAUUUACUUGAACUAUUUAAAAAUACAAAUUUCAAUUAUAAAAGAACUUUAAUGUACAAUGAUUUAAAAGUUGAUGAGUUAAUUCAAAUACCAACUAUGAUUGUUCCGGAAUCAAUUGAUAACAAUGAAGGAAUCAGUCAAAUUUUUAAUAUAAUGUGGAAUUUAUUGAAUUAUUUAAAUAAAUAUCAGGUAAGUGAAAAAGAUAGAUAUGUAAUUAUACCAGGUAUUGGUACUGGAUUUGGAAAUUUGGAUGAAAAUGAAGUUACAAAAGUAAUGAUAUUUGCAAUAUUUUUAUUCAAUAUAAAAUUUGAUAGAAUUGAGAUUGAUUCAAGUGAUAUUGAUCUCGAAGUGGAGAAUACGUCAAAAUUAAAAGAAUCUACCAAUAAAGCUGACUGGUUGAAUGACAAAGGAAUGCUUAAAUCCAUUAUGAUUUUAUUUUUUUUAAACAAGGAAUAUAGGCAUUUCAGAGAUAAAGCAGAUAUUUAUGAAAUAGAACAAGUUUUAUCUGAUUAUGGUAAAUCUUAUAAUUUUGAAUCUAAAAAUAAAGCAAUGGAAAUAGAUGAAUUAUUUAAAUGUUUCAAAUUUUAG